CAAAUUUCCCUCGGAUAUAAAAGGUUGUAGCAGGGAUAAGAUAAGUGAUAACUAAACAUUCUAAAAUAAUUAUUAGUAGUGAACACAACACAACAUAGUGUUUAUUAAACAAAAUAAUAAAGUUCUUCAUUUAACAAUAACAUGGACGACCUAAAUCCUGCAGAAGUUCUGAAGUUUUUGGAGUUUGUUAACAACUUAAAGCACCUUCCAAGAAGAGGGUGGAUUUUUAGUGAAGUUAAAGACCAUGAGACGAUUUCUGGUCACAUGUAUGCCAUGGCCCUUAUGACCUUCCUCCUAGGCAAUGACUCAAAAUUGGACAGACUCAAGUGCCUUCAACUGACCCUUGUGCACGAUUUAGCUGAAUCGAUAGUGGGAGAUAUCACACCUCACGAUAAUAUUUCUGAAGUUGUCAAACAUCAGCAAGAAGAUGAAGCUAUGAAAGAGAUCACUAGCCAUAUUGGUGCAACUGGUUUAUUAAUUUACAACUUGUACAAAGAAUAUGAAGCCAAAGAAACCCCUGAAGCAAAAUUCGUUAAAGAUUUGGACAGAUUCGAUUUGUUAUUUACGGCAGUGAACUAUGAAAAACGCGAUAAUACACCGUUCAAGUUACAAGAGUACUUUGAUGCUUUGCACGGAAAAUUUGAAAAUCCUUUCAUCAAGAAACUUGUGGCUUCUUUAGAGGAAUCUAGAACUCAGCUGGCGGCCCCCGAAAUUGGAACGCCCACCAAAGAAGUAUAACAGACAAAAAGUAUUUUGUUUAUUUUUUCAGGUAUUAAUAAUAUUGGUAUCUUAUAAUCUGUAAUAGGUCAUAAUUGAACUUUACUACUUUAAGUACCUGAUUAAUUUAAGUAAUUAUUUUGUUAAUACCUGAUACGCCUUUAAUGUUUAAGUUUGUUAGACAAACUAUAAAGCUUUCUAUCAAAUAGUUAUUGUGAUAUAAUCACAUUUUUUUUUUGGCAAGAUAAUGAUAGCCAAGUUGUGUCAGUUACCCAAAACAUUUUAUUUUGCCAUUUUUUUUCAUUCAGUAUAUACCGAAAUAAUACACAGAAAAAUAAUAAAAUGUCUUGUUUUUAUUUUUUUAAUAAGACUUCACUGGAAUGGAACAAGAAAUUGAGACAUUAUAACAUUUAAAUAGAUCCUAAAUAUGAUAUUAUUAAAAAUAUAGAUAUUUUAUCAUUUCGAAUGAUUACUAGAAAGCAUGUAACAGCAUAAGCAACAAGACCAAACCUAAAUAUUGUAUCUACAGAACAAUUAAAUUAUACAACGGAAACUACAAUAAUUAUUAUUAUAAAAGUGAAAUACAAACAGAAAUUGGUGCACCUUGCCAUACAUAAUUAUCCUAACAUUUCAUGUGAAUUAAAUUUUUAUUAAAAGAAAAGAAGUGUAGUUGUUCAAUAGCAGCCUUUUUUCCCAAGAAUGUCCUUCCAAACAUUUUCAUAGUUAUGAAGUUUUUUGUCACAAUAUGUAGUUCCUGUUAUAUAAAUUGACCUUCCCAAAACCAAUCUAAUUUCGAACAGUUUUUAAGCUACACGCCUUAUAAGUACUAUCUUUUAUUAAACAAAAAAAAAAAAUACAAUCAAAAUAAUAAAGUGUAGUAAUAAUAAUAAAACUAGAAUUUGAACAAUAAUAAAAUCAGUUUCAUUUUACAAUGUUAAUAAUAUUUUCUGUCUAAAUGUACACUUAAAAAAAAUAAUCAUAGAAAUAAUAAUAAUAAUAAUAUUUAUACAUUCUUUUAUAUACCAACAAUUUCAUAUACGUUUGUUUAAAAAAAAAGCCUAUAAAUAGAGUAUCACAAUCUACAAAGUGUAUACUGGUAAAUGGGUGAAAAUUUCAGUAUACAGAAUACAGUUUAAAAAUAUAAAAGAGUUAUAUAUUUGGGGCUGAUUAAAUGCAUUGCAAAGGAUUAUUCUAAAGUUUCUUUGCAGAACAUUUUUAUCCAACGUCAACCCAAAAAUCAAAUAAAUUACAAUUAACAGCAUUGUUGUAGAACUUUUAAAUAUGCUUAAGAUAUAAUGGACAGAUUUGUAUAAAGUUUUGAUAAGAUAUUUUCUCAAAUUUAGUCCACACCGGCGAAACCUUGUGAACCUUCUAUUGCUUUGAUAAGUUUCUCUUUUAAUUGGGCAUAGCUUUCGUA